AUGAGGGCUGCCAGCCCUUCAGGGGCUUCCAGCCUCCUCCAGGCCCACACCGGGCACAGCCGCAGCGGGAGCAGCGGCCCCAGCGCUAUAGCCCCGCUCGUUCGGCGGGGAUCCCCCGGGGAUGCAGACACGGAGCGGGGGGAUGUGGGCGCUGUGGCUCUCACAGGGGAGCGCAGUGGCCGCGGUGCUGCCGGGGGCUACUCCAGGGAAGCGCCGUCUUCCCGGGGGUCCGGCAUCAUCAUAGCCCCGGUUCCCCACGGCCCGGAGCCCCAGCGGGACCCUAGCCCUGCACUGGCCGGAGCAGAAACGGCAGCGCUGGGCUCAGUCCCAGCGCCCGUCCCGGAGCGGCUCUUCCCGCCUGUAGCGACUCCAGUCCCGCCUAGAUCAUCCAGCCCCGGCGGGACCCCAGCCCCGCACUGGCCGCAGCCAGAGCAGCAGCGCCGAGCUCGAUCCCAGCGCUGUCUCGGAGUGGCUCUUCCCUCCUGUAGAGGUGCCGGUCCGAUCCCAGUCCCAAUUUCGCCUCGACCAUCCAGCCCUAGCACUCACAGCCUGCCCGCCUCCCACAGCAGACACCGGCAGGACCAGGACUCGAAUCUCCGGGUCCAGAUCCCGAUCUUACCUGAGCGCCUUGGGCUCCACACAGUACCAGACCCUGAUCCGGAUCUCCUCGCAGCGCUCCGACCGUCGCUCCCGCAGCAUCUCAAGCUGAGCAUCCCCGAAGAAAGCGAGACAGACGCGGAUCCGCCGGCUUUUAUGGGCGGGAGGAGGGGCGGGGAGGAGGCGGGGCCCUGGGGGCGGGGCCGGCUCAGGUGUGAGGGGCGGGGUCACCACAGGUGUGAGCGAUCCCAGUGCGGCUGCGCGGGGCGGGGCCUUGGGGAAUUUAAGGCGCGGGGAGGAGGCGGCCGAGGCAUUUGCUCCUCGGCGUUCGGUGGGAGUGACGUGCGCCCCUCUGCUUCCCCCCCCACCCCUCCCCCCCGGGCCCCGUCCGGAGGAGGGGGUCCCCGGGAGAGGGCAGGGCCGGGACCCCGUCCGGAGGAGGGGGCCCGGGGGAGAGGGGCGGGGCGAGGGGGGGGCAUUCCCCCCGGCCCCGCCCCCUCCCCCGGACCCCUUCCUCCGGAGGGGGCCCUUCCUAACCCCCCCAUCACCCCCCAAGGACCCCCUCCUAAUGAGGGGGCCCCCACCCUGGGACCCCCUCCAAACAAGGGCGUCCCCAAACCCGAUCCCCCAUCCAGGAACCCCCUCCAAACGAGGGGCCCCCGUGGGAUGGGGGAAGCGGAGCCCCGGCAGCGCCCCCUGCGUUCACAACCAUGGAAGUGCAUGGGGACACCAGCGGGACCGGGGGCGCCGGACUCCGGCCCUCUGGGCUUUAUUAUUGUCCGGCACCCCCAGCCCCGCGGCUGA